UCGUCAGUCAGGCUCGACCCUGCAAAGCGAUCCCGUCGACCUCUGAGAUCCGCUUUCCCGCCGUGUUCGAUCUUAUUUCUGAAUAUGCACUCAGCAGGAAUGACCCGUGCCGCCGCUCUGACCACACUGGUGCUGGCGGCCAGCGUCGCUUGGACGGAGGGCCAGUUCGCGGACACGCCCAAGCAUGUGCCUCGUUUCGGACGCCGGAGCGACCUUCCCGCACUGGAGCAGCAGUUAGCCGAGCAGAAGCGCUCGGCGCAGCGGGCGUCAAGCGGCGUGGCAGGCGCCCUCGUGCGAGUGGACGGUGACGGCGACGGCUGCGUUAACAUGGCUGAGCUGUUGAGGAUCCCCAUCGUGAGGGUCGCGGUGCUCCUGCAGAACCCUGCCCUCAUCAGCGAGGAAGCCGCCGGCGCCCCGAUCGACACCACCGGCGACGCCUAUGAGAUGGAUCACCUUCGAGGCUCCCACAUGCAUCGUCUGCUACAGAAGUAAUCAUCGAUAGUAAUAUUAGCAUGAUUCUUAACUUACUAGUGCUAAUUGUAAUGUAUGUGAUUUCACAAAUACGCAUUUCAGGAUCUAACUUUUAAACUAAUUUGAAAAAAAUGAACUACCUCGGGCUGGCCUUACUUAAGAUGGUUGGUCAGUCUAUAUACAGUAGUUAAAACAUUACAAUUUCUAUAAUCUCAUCAGCGUAUGUUUGGACUACCCCAUAUUAUUCUAGCAGUUUUGACUGCACGGUGAUAGAUUAUGAAACAGAUAUAAAUACUGAACAGUGCAAUAAACA